AUGGAUGCAAAAGAAUCGGUUCGCAUCAAGGUAGAAACCACCGCGGAUAGCUCUGUCCUGUGCGAUGAAACCAACAGUUGCAUCGAUGAGAUGGUGCAGGAGAUGCAAAAUAUGGAUCGCGCGAAGCAAGCAGAACGAACGGCAACCGUUACAAACCAGAGCAUGCAAUCGGAGGAUCACGAUGAAAGUGCGUUCUACAACAUACACAGCGUGCUGCCCAAGACGUUGAAAAUGCGCACCGGUGAAUCAGAUAUUGUGCUCGAACCCAAACUUGCGAGCCGUCUGUACAAUGGGUCGAACCUGCAAUACGAUCGUACGAUGCUGAACCGGGCGGACGUAUGGCAUCAGGUGAUUGUGCACCACGAAAACGGCUGUUCCAAGGCAAAGAUUCUCGAAACACUGUUCAACAAGUUUACGUACUCCGAUUUCUUUCCGGUAGCGUAUCGGCGUCAUGUAAAUGUUGACUUUUUCUUGCUGCGAAUGUGCAACCAGGUGAUGAUGAAGAUGUUCGAGGAAGGGUUAACGCUAAAGUUCGGACAAGAAGAGCUUGCGCUUAGCAUACGGCUCGGAGCGGCCCGGUUCCAAACUGGGCAGAUAUUUCCACGGCAAACCAUAACGAAGGCGGUACAGGAACGGUGUGACAAUGCGGCCCAGUAUGGGAGCAGCAAUUUGCUCAACUUGGACAGCUUUGCCGAGCAUGUUAGUUUGCAGGAGCUUUGUGUUAAUCUCUGCAAUCGGGCACAGUUUGAGGUCGUUUGUUCGGCCAUAGUGCAGGUGUUGAAUGAUAACAGUUGCAUCAAUACGUUACGCCUGUCGAACAACGGUAUCAGCCACAUUUCGGUGCUGAGCAGUGCGAAGCAUUUGAGGAUCGUAAGCUUAGAUUUGCGUGGCAAUCGAAUAAAGCAUCCAAGCUCGUUGCGAGGAUUGCGAGAGAUGCCAUUGCUGGAGCUGUACGUGUUGGGAAACAAUUUAAUCGAAGUGCCCGGUUACGAGAAGGUUCUUCACAGUAUUUUUCCAGAACUGCUGAAGCUGGACACCAGCCUGACGAACCCGGUUGUGACAAAAAUAGUACGUGAUAUCGACGAAGAAGAGGAGGAAGUUGAAAUAACUUCCCUCGGAACGCUGAUAACCGAAGCGGACAUGAAUGUGACCGCGUUCCAGAAGUACAACUUGACUCCUCACUGGCACAAGAUCACGGUACUACAUAACGGGGUAUGCAACAAGCAAGACAUACUGGACGCACUGUUCAAUCUGGUGGGCAAGCAUACGUUCUUCCCCUGCUACUACAAAACCUACUCGAAGGAGGAUGAAUUUCUGGUCCAGAAUUGUUUCGACGCGCUGCUCGUUUUGGUGCGACAAAAGCUAAAAUUGCCAAUGCCGGCGAAAAACGCCAUGCUAAAGCUAACGCUGACAAUGAACGUUGCCGAAGCGGGUGAGAAGGAUGUGCAGCCGUUGAAAAAGUUGGAAUGGUUCGUCGGCAAACGGUUCCACCAGACCUGUCUCGAUCUGUGCUCGAUGCAAACGGAUCUGAACAAAUGCAAGUUUGUAGACUUUUGUGCGAAAAGUCCGGCUACUAUGCGGUACAUAAUGGAAUAUGCUGCCCGGAGGCAUGGGAAUGUGUGUUUGGUGUUGAGGCUGCGUAACAAUGAGCUGCGGAACUGUGAGGCGCUGGAAAGUUUGUCCAAGUUCUACAGUCUGGUAUCGUUGGAUCUGCGACACAAUAUGAUUUCUAAAUUCACCGAUUUGAAGGGCAUUCCAUGGAAUAACAUUAAAGCGUUGUUUUUGGACAAUAACCCUGUAUGCUCAACGGUACACUCGAGCGUCGAGUACGUACGAAAUGUAAAGCAGUUUUUUGGCGGUCUCAAACAGCUCGAUGGAAAACCGUUGCUGGGAAACUUUGCUCUCUGCCAGAACUACAUCUGCGUGCCGGAAGCGUACAAGUUUGCCGAAUCGUUCGUGAUGCAUUACUUUACGCUGUUCGAUUCUUUCCAGCGUGCUGACCUGCAGGAACUGUACCAUCCAAAGGCACAGUUUUCCAUGACGUGCGAUUUUGAGAUCGACACGGCACACACCUCGGAAGAGCAGAUGAACUCGCAACAGCUGCGGCAAGCGAACUACAUCCAGCACAGCCGCAAUCUGCUCAAGUUCAAGGGUAAUUUGAAACAAGCGAUUUCCAUGCUGAUCGUUGGCAACGAGCGCAUCGGGUACGUGCUAACGAACUUCCCAAAGACGGAGUUUGAUUUCCAUUCGUUCUGUAUCGAUGUGCCCGUGUUCACGCCGGAACGGGUGCUGAUCACCGUGAAUGGUCGGAUGCAGGAGGAUGAAUUGUCAACGCCCGGACAGAAUCACUUUCUGGGCUUUACUCGCACUUGGCUCUUACAACCGUCCGGUAUGGGGACGAACUUGUUUCACGAAGCGCUGGAAUACAAGAUUCACAACGAUAUGCUGCAUAUGUACGACAUGGUGGAUGGAAAAAAUGAAUCUUUCGGUAAUUCGGCUGAAGCAUCGAACGAGCAGGAAAGCGCAAUGGAUGCUACGUCAUGUGAUAGCGAUGAUCGUGAAAAUGCGUUGAUCGUGUUUAUGCAGCUGACAAAAUUAAAUACGGAGUGGUCCAAACGAUGUCUGGAAGAAUCUUCCUGGAAUCUGAAGGUGGCGCUGAACGUUUUUCUGAAGCUGUACGAAUCAAAACGGAUUCCGAAAAUUGCCUUUAAGGAUGACAUUUUAUAG